AUGUUUGAGACAAAGAGCUUGCACAAGACCCUCCUACUCACACCAAUACUUCUUGCCGCACUUGUCUUUCUCCAUCUUUUGAGCUAUGCCAACAGCAAUGUCGAAGACGAGCCAAGAUCAGCGGCAGCCAAGACGGUCAAGAAAUGCCAGGUCCCUCCUCCCGACUCAGCAAACGAGACGCAUCAAUCUGCACUUUUCAUUCCCAACGUGAUCCAUCAGAUCUGGAAGACAGCCGACGUCAGCACCUACCCUGCUGAAGCAUCACAUGAAUCUUGGAAGGCGGCAUUUGAACCGUUAAAUUACACGGUCAAGCUUUGGACCGAGGAUGAUGUUGUUUCGCUCAUCAAGACCAACUACUCUUGGCUCUGGUCGACCUAUGAUAGCUAUCCGGAGAACAUUCAACGGGCAGACAUGGCAAGGCUUGUGAUAGCACAUGCGGAAGGAGGCAUCUAUGCAGAUUUGGACGCCUUUUUAAUGUCAGUCGACGGACUAAUCUGCCUCCAACAUCUCGGCUUCCAAGAACUCUUUCCUCCCACUGGAGACGGUGCAGGGAUAAGCAAUCACUUCUUCAUGGCGGAACAAGGAUCGAAAUUUCUCCUCUGGGCACUUCAAGAAGCCAAACGACGUGGCGGUGCAGCAUCAGGAUGGAUACUUCUGCCAUAUCUUCAGGUCUUUUGGUCGACAGGCCCGAUGAUGAUGACGUCAGCUCUUCAACAGUAUCUAUGGCUCAACGACGAGAAAGAUUGCAAUUUGGGCAUCUUUGACGACUUUUACGGGGACUCUGUGGUUCACCACGCCGCGGGACGGUCGUGGCAGAGGAUGGAUGGGCAGUUAUUGAACUGGACGGUAGAUCAUGUGGAGCUGGUGACCCAAUGGUUAACUAUUGGGUCGUUGGCUCUGGCUCUGGGGUUUAUGUUUGUGAUAACUUGGCGGCAUCGCUUCUCAAGACGAGUCAGUCUGUAUUAA